CACAUGACACUCAAGAUGGCGUUCAUCAUUGAUAAGAUUUUGAACAAAUUUUCUGCUAAUCUUUUCAAUUUAUUCAAAAAGUUCCUUCGUGCAGAGAUAGAAUCUGGUGAUGGGAAUGUACCUAAUAGAUUCAAGGAAAUAUUGAAGACAUUGUCAUCGUGGUUGAAAGAACAUGAAAAGGCCCCCAAGCCUGUACCUGUACUACUACAGGAAUCUGUUCUCACUGGAGUUCAAGGUCUCAACUCCAACACAGCCAGUCUAACAUCUGCCAUAGAAACAAUGAUGUCAAUGGUGUCUGCCAUGCAACAUGUGAUGUCAAGCUUACUUGACCCCCAAGCUCUUUCAACAGCAGUCAGUAACGUAUCACAAUCAGAUGCUAUGAAUACAUUCAAGGAGAGCUUAACUCCAAUAAUUAGUGAGGUCAAAUCCGGAUUAAAUGAAAGUAGGAGUACAAUGAAGGCCAUACAGAUCACUGCAGUGCACUUGGAAAAACUCUCAAAAUAUGCAAAAAUAUUUUUGAAGACAUUUUCUACGUAUCUAUUUGUAAUGACAAUGCUUCAGGUGUAUAAUAAAACAGAAUUUGACUCGAUGGUGCUGAAAGGCAGGGUGUUGUUAUGGGUGAGGAAGAUUCUGCUGUUUUCUGUAUUCAUGAGUGUGAUUUUUUCACCCUUUUGGAUACUAAGGUGAUUACCCUGAAGCCAGAGGUUUGGAGUAAUAAUAUAGAUUGGGUUAAUUUCACUUGAAUUAAUUAGCGCCAAAUUAAACCAAUCUAAAGUACUACAAUCAUGACAAUCUACCACUGAAAAUAUGGAUCAUUAUGUAGCUUACAUUUACAAAGAAUUUAAUGCUUGAUGUAGUCAGUAUAUUUUAAGCUAAACCGUUUCACCAAUUUGGAGCAACACUACUUUAAAAUACAGGAAUUGACAAUUGGUUGAGAAUUGUUCUCAACCAAAAUAUUGUUUGAUUAAAAGGAAAUAUUUUUGUAAUCUUUAUAAAUAGGACUGUAUAUAUUUUGUACACAUUUGUGAAUGUAUUUGUAAUAAAAUAAUUAUAACCAAUACUAGGC